AUGUGCCAAUCAACCACCGGCGGUCCGCACCACGAGCCCGACUUAGAAGCUGACUCCAACCCCAGUGAUGGUGAUUCGGGUUACAGCGGCUCCAUCGCUGGGUCCUGGUCUGCUUCGUUAGCAAGCUCGGUGCUCAACUACAAGUAUGAAAAUGGCCGACGCUACCACGCCUUUCGUGAAGGCCAGUAUAUCUUACCCAACGACGAAGAUGAGCAACAACGCCUAGACAUGCUUCAUCACAUCUACAAAUUGAUCCUGGGCGGUGCUUUAUUUCUCUCCCCCUUGGAAGAGCCUCAACGUGUUCUCGACAUUGGCUGUGGCACCGGUCUCUGGUGCAUCGAGUUCGCGGAUGAGUUUCCCAGCGCCACCGUUACUGGUACCGAUCUCAGUCCCAUUCAGCCCGGAUGGGUGCCUCCAAACUGCAAGUUCUAUGUCGAUGAUUACGAGAGUGAAUGGACGUAUCCGCCCUCCGAGCAUUUCGACUAUAUCCAUGGACGGGCUCUCUGUGGAAGUGUUGCCGACUGGCCUCGACUGUUUACUCAGGCACUAUCUCAUUUAAAUCCCGGCGGGUGGGUGGAGAUGCAAGAGUACCACUGCCAGGUUUAUUCUGAUGAUGGUUCUCUUGACCAAGCCAUCUAUCUGAAGAACUGGGUCGAGGAGAUGAACGAAGGCAGCAAGCGAUUCGGCAAGGAGUUGAAGACAGCCAACAAACUGAAGAACUACAUGCAGGACGCUGGUUAUAUCGACGUCCAUGAGGAGAUAUACAAAUGUCCUAUCGGUCCGUGGGCCAAAGGGAAGAGAUACAAGGAACUGGGAACCUAUUACCGCGCACAAUUUGUCGACGCCGUCGAGCCCUUUACUCUGGCCAUCUUCACCAGGGUUCUGGGAUACACAAUCGACCAGGCCCUUGUCACGAUUGAAAGAGUCAAGCAAGAUCUGAUCAACCCAAAUCUCCAUCUAUAUGUCGAUUACCACUUUGUCUGGGGCAAGAAGCCUGGAUAA